AUGGGGCGUGCAACUAUUCUAAAGCUGCUGAUAGAGCACAGUCCGAAAGAGCAAUUGGAGCCUGCCGCUGCCCGGGCUUUCAAAUGUGCCGCAUGCAACGGGCGUAAGGAUGUUAUGGAAAUUCUAAUUAACGGGGUUGAGAAUGUUAAUUUUCAAAUCGAAAACGGACAGAGCGUGUUAUUGUCCACAUCCCCUAAAGGCUACAGGGGUAUUGCAAAACAGCUGUUGACCAAGGAUGGUAUUGAUGCAGGCUGGGAAGACGAUGAUGGUCGAACCAUGCUGAAUAUUACCGUGGAUCGAGAAGAUCCUCAUAACCCGAGAGGAUGUGAGGUUGUAUUCGAGAGUUGCAACGGAGAAAGACGGGAAAGCUUGAGUGAAUUGCCUAAGAUCAACCUAGUGGGAGGACCUCGGAAGCUCCCAGAAUCUCGGUGGCGUAGUCAGACAGACGAAGAUGAACAGACAAUGCUUCACCUGCUCGCUUGGGAAUCGAGCGAGCUGCUCACAAGACUCGUCCUACAGAACGCGUGCUUGCCACUGGAGCAAGAGGACCGGUACGGCUACACACCACUAGUGAGCGCAGCAGAGAGUGGGCAUGGGCUCAUGGUUAAAUUGCUACUGGCAAGGGCUGUCAAGCCAAGUCUGCCCAAUUGUCUUGCAGCUUUGCUUACAGCUGUUAUGUCAGAACAUCCGCCCAUCGUCGAACUAUUACUAGGUUGA